AUGGGUUCUGCUCAAUGCUUAACAUUCUUGUCAUGGGCUUUGGAUUUUUGGUAUGGUGCUGAGGCUGGAAGCAUGACUUCUGACUUUGCCAAGAGUGCAACAGCAGUGGCAUCUCUAGCAAUUAAAAUGGGUUCUCCUAAAAACGAAGAGAUGAGAAAGAAAGAAAGAACUUCCAUAACUAUCAUUUUGAGAUAUGCUGAUUGGAUUGACAUUUUGCUUAUGUUAAUGGGUGCUUUGGGAGCAAUAGGAGAUGGCAUGACCACAAAUGUUUUGUUGCUGUUUGCUAGCCGUAUAAUGAACAGCUUAGGUUACAGCAAUAACCAACAAAGUGGUAAGACUUCCAUGGCUGAGGUUGAAAAGUGCAGCUUAUAUUUUGUCUACUUGGGAUUAGCAGCUAUGGUGGUGGCUUUCAUGGAAGGGUAUUGCUGGAGUAAAACAAGUGAGAGGCAAGUUUUGAGGAUUCGCUACAAGUAUUUAGAAGCUGUACUGAGACAAGAAGUGGGGUUUUUUGAUUCACAAGAAGCAACUACUUCUGAAAUCAUUAAUAGCAUAUCAAAGGAUACUUCUCUCAUACAAGAAGUUCUAAGUGAAAAGGUGCCCCUAUUUUUCAUGCACUCAUCAUCAUUCAUCUCUGGGGUUGCAUUUGCCACGUACUUCUCUUGGAGGUUGGCUUUAGUUGCAUUUCCAACGCUGCUUUUGCUCAUUAUCCCUGGCAUGAUUUAUGGCAAAUACUUAAUCUAUUUGACAAAAUCGUGUGUUAAAGAGUAUGGCAAAGCAAACGCUAUUGUGGAACAGGCACUUAGCUCUAUCAAAACUGUUUAUUCAUUCACUUCGGAGAAGAGAAUCAUUGGGAGAUAUUCAGAUAUAUUGGAUAGAACUUCAAGGCUUGGAAUCAAACAAGGCAUAGCCAAAGGUGUGGCUGUAGGAAGCACAGGUCUCUCUUUUGCAAUAUGGGCUUUCAUUGCUUGGUAUGGAAGCCGUUUGGUUAUGUAUAAAGGUGAAAGCGGAGGAAGGAUCUAUGCAUCAGGCAUUUCCUUCAUAAUGUGUGGACUAUCCCUUGGAGUGGUACUUCCUGAUUUGAAGUACUUCACUGAAGCAUCUGUUGCUGCUUCAAGAAUAUUUGAAAUGAUUGACCGAAUACCAAUGAUUGAUGGUGAAGACACAAAAGGUCUAGUGUUAGAGAGCAUUAGUGGAAAGCUAGAUUUUGACCAUGUCAAAUUCACAUACCCUUCUCGUCCCGAUAUGAUUGUUCUUAGUGAUUUCAAUCUCCAAGUGGAAGCUGGGAAAACUGUUGCACUAGUUGGUGCAAGUGGAAGUGGUAAAUCCACUGCAAUAGCAUUAGUCCAACGAUUUUAUGAUGUAGAUGAAGGUGUUGUGAAGGUUGAUGGAGUAGACAUAAAAAGCCUUCAAUUAAAAUGGAUGCGAGGGAAAAUGGGCCUUGUAAGCCAAGAACAUGCAUUGUUUGGCACAUCUAUAAAGGAGAAUAUUAUGUUUGGGAAGCCUGAUGCUACCACAGAUGAAAUAGUUGCUGCAGCCACUGCAGCCAAUGCUCAUAACUUCAUAAGACAGCUUCCUGAAGGGUAUGAAACCAAGAUUGGAGAAAGAGGGGCACUUCUUUCAGGAGGACAAAAGCAGCGAAUAGCCAUUGCAAGAGCCAUAAUAAAGAAUCCUGUAAUUCUCCUACUUGAUGAAGCAACUAGUGCUCUUGACUCUGAAUCAGAAUUACUAGUUCAGAAUGCCCUUGACCAAGCCUCCAUGGGGAGGACCACUUUGAUUGUUGCCCACAAGCUAUCAACAAUUCGAAAUGCAGACCUUAUAGCAGUUGUUAGUGGUGGUCGCAUCAUUGAAAAAGGCACACAUAAUGAACUCCUUAAUUGCCCAAAUGGGCAUUAUGCAAAAUUGGCAAAAUUACAGACACAAUUAAGCAUGGAUGACCAAGAUCAAAAUCUAGAACUAGGGCUUCUUUCUUCAGCAAGAAGUAGUGCAGGUAGACCAAGCACUGCCAAGUCAAGCCCUGCCAUCUUUCCAAAGUCACCAUUGCUUCCUGAAACCAUCCCAUCUCCAAUUUCUCACCCUCCACCUUAUUUUCUAAGGCUUCUUUCUUUAAAUGGUCCUGAAUGGAAACAAGGUCUAAUUGGAACAUUUUCAGCUAUAGCCUUUGGCUCAGUUCAACCCUUAUAUGCUUUAACCAUUGGGGGUAUGAUUUCAGCCUUUUUUGCUGAAAGCCAUCAAGAAAUGAGACAUAGAAUAAGGACUUAUUCUUUAAUUUUCUGUUCUCUUUCCUUUGCUUCUAUUAUCCUCAACCUCUUGCAACACUACAAUUUUGCUUAUAUGGGAGCCAAGUUAACCAAAAGGAUAAGGCUGUGCAUGCUAGAGAAGAUCUUAACCUUUGAAACUGCUUGGUUUGAUGAUGAACAAAAUUCCUGUGGAGCAUUAUGCUCAAGGUUGAGCAAUGAGGCUUCCAUGGUUAAGUCCCUUGUUGCAGAUAGACUCUCUUUACUUGUUCAAACCACUUCUGCUGUCACCAUUGCUAUGAUCAUAGGGCUUGCUGUGGCUUGGAAACUUGCUCUUGUUAUGAUAGCUGUGCAACCACUUACAAUCCUUUGCUUUUAUACACGAAAAGUGUUGCUUUCCACCCUUUCAACCAAAUUUGUUAAGGCACAGAAUCAAAGUACACAAAUUGCAGUGGAGGCAGUUUAUAAUCAUAGAAUUGUAACUUCAUUUGGAAGCAUCACAAAAGUUCUAGGACUAUUUGAUGAGGCUCAAGAGGCUCCAAGGAAGGAAGCAAGGAAGAAGUCUUGGCUAGCUGGCAUAGGAAUGGGUUCUGCUCAAUGCUUAACAUUCUUGUCAUGGGCUUUGGACUUUUGGUAUGGUGGUACUUUGGUUGAAAAAAGACAAAUAUCAGCAGGGGAUGUGUUCAAGACAUUUUUUGUAUUGGUUAGCACUGGUAAGGUCAUAGCUGAGGCUGGAAGCAUGACUUCUGACCUUGCCAAGAGUUCAACAGCAGUAGCAUCUGUGUUUGAAAUUCUUGACCGAAAAUCACUAAUUCCCAAGGCUGGAGAUAGCACUAAUGGGGUUAAGUUGGAAAAAAUAAGUGGAAAGAUAGAAUUGAAGAAUGUUGACUUUGCUUAUCCAAGCAGAGCAGGGACGCCAAUUUUGUGCAAAUUUUGCUUGGAGGUGAAGCCAGGAAAAAGUGUUGGACUAGUUGGGAAAAGUGGAUGUGGAAAAUCAACAGUGAUUGCUUUAAUUCAAAGAUUCUAUGAUGUUGAAAGAGGGUCAGUCAAAGUGGAUAAUAUGGACAUAAGGGAAUUAGACAUUUAUUGGUAUAGGCAACACACAGCACUUGUUAGCCAAGAACCUGUGAUAUAUUCUGGCAGCAUUCGUGAUAACAUUUUGUUUGGGAAGCAAGAUGCUACAGAGAAUGAAGUAGUUGAGGCUGCCAAAGCUGCAAAUGCUCAUGAAUUCAUAUCAUCAUUGAAAGAAGGAUAUGAAACUGAAUGUGGAGAAAGGGGAGUGCAAUUAUCAGGAGGGCAAAAGCAGAGAAUAGCAAUUGCAAGGGCCAUAAUUCGGAACCCAAUAAUACUGCUCUUAGAUGAGGCAACAAGUGCCUUGGACGUGCAAUCAGAACAAGUGGUGCAAGAAGCACUUGAUAGAAUCAUGGUAGGAAGAACUACCAUUGUUGUGGCACAUAGGCUUAACACCAUCAAAGAGCUUGACUCAAUUGCCUAUGUAUCAGAAGGCAAGGUUCUAGAGCAAGGAACCUAUGCUCAGCUUAGGCACAAGAGAGGUGCAUUCUUCAACCUUGCCAGUCACCAAAUCCAAACUUAA